AUGUCGUACCAAAUCGCCUACAAUACCUCGCUUGCCCCGGCCCGCGCAGCGGCAAUCGUUGCUUUCAUGGAAGACUUCUAUCGCACCAGCGAUAACGAAUCCUUGCAUGAAAAGUACGUCGAGAGCUUCACGGAUGAUGCGACAGUCAUUAUAGGAUCAAAGCAAGCCAAAGGCGCAAGUGAGAUCCUGCCCUUCCGACACGGACUAUGGACUCAAGUCGUCUCUCGCAAGCAUACUCCAACCCGCAUCUUCUUUGGCGGCGAAGACGAGAUUAUGCUGUAUGGGGGCGUCACCUACCGGCUCAAGGCUGAUCCCGAGACUGACGUCUACGUGCCCUGGGCAGGAAGAGUCGUCUUUGCACCACAGGAGAAAGACACCGGGGUCAAGAUGAAGUUCUAUCAUGUGUACUUGGAUCCUUCGGCCCAAUCUGGUCGAAAGUAA